AUGGCGCUCGACUCGAACCAACUCCGCGAUGAAGCGGUCAAAGACCGCAUUCGUCUGGCGACAGAAUUCCUUGAUCCCACCGACCCCCAAGCACGCUCCUACCGCGGCGACAUCGUCACGAUGCUGAAUCGCAGCCAGCGGCGGCUGACAGUCUCACUCGACGACAUCCGCGCUCACAAUCGUGAGCUUGCUGAUGGCAUUCUGUUUCAUCCUUUCGACUACAGUCUCUGCUUCGACCAGGCGUUGAAGAAUGUUAUCGAUACUCUGCCUAAUCGAGCGGCGUUCGAAACGGAUGAGGAGACGAUGUACUAUGUCGCGUAUAGCGGGAGCUUCGGCGAGAACUCAUGCAAUCCGAGGACGCUGAACAGUGGGUUGUUGAAUCGUAUGGUGUGUCUUGAGGGGAUUGUUACGCGGUGUAGUCUGGUUAGGCCGAAGGUUGUGAAGAGCGUGCAUUGGAAUGAGAAUAAGAGUAUGUUCCAUUUCAGGGAGUACAGGGAUCAAACUAUGAGUGUGGGCAAGCCUGGGAGUUUGAGUGUGUAUCCUCAGAAGGACGAUCAGGAUAAUCCGCUUAUCACAGAGUACGGCUACUGCACGUAUCGGGACCAUCAAACUAUCUCUAUACAAGAAAUGCCAGAAAGGGCACCUGCUGGACAGCUCCCUCGUGGCGUCGACGUGAUCAUGGACGACGACAUGGUAGACAGAGUCAAGCCUGGUGAUCGGAUACAGCUUGUUGGCACGUUCCGCUCGCUGGGUAACCGAAACACUGGUGGAGGCUCCUCAAUCUUCCGCACCUUAAUUCUGGCCAACAACGUGGUCCUACUAUCUUCGAAGUCAGGCGGCGGCAUUGCUCAAGCGGCCAUCACAGAUCUCGAUGUUCGCAACAUCAACAAAAUGAGCAAAGAGAAGAAUGUCUUCGACCUCCUCUCUCAAAGUCUAGCUCCCAGCAUCUUCGGCCACGACUACAUCAAGAAAGCCGUCCUGCUCAUGCUUCUCGGCGGCAUGGAGAAGAAUCUGCCCAAUGGCACGCACUUGCGAGGAGAUAUCAACAUUCUCAUGGUCGGCGACCCCUCAACAGCCAAAUCACAACUCCUUCGCUUCGUGCUCAACACUGCACCCCUCGCCAUCGCCACAACCGGUCGAGGCUCCAGCGGCGUCGGUUUAACAGCAGCCGUCACCACCGACAAAGAGACUGGCGAACGCCGCCUCGAGGCCGGUGCCAUGGUCUUGGGUGAUCGCGGAGUCGUCUGCAUCGACGAAUUCGACAAGAUGAGCGACAUUGACCGUGUCGCCAUCCAUGAAGUCAUGGAGCAGCAGACCGUCACUAUCGCCAAAGCCGGAAUCCACACCUCACUGAAUGCUCGCUGCAGUGUUGUAGCCGCCGCCAACCCAAUCUUCGGACAGUACGACAGCAACAAGGACCCACACAAGAACAUCGCGUUGCCAGAUUCCCUCCUUUCGCGUUUCGAUCUGCUCUUCGUAGUCACGGACGAUAUCGACGACAAGCGCGAUCGCGAUAUCAGCGAACAUGUCCUCCGCAUGCACUCGUACCGCCCGCCUGGACUCGAAGAAGGCGCGCCUAUUCGUGAGACGGGCGGGCAGACACUCGGUAUCGGGGUCGAGGACGCGGACAGCCAGGGUUCAAAGAGCACAGAAGUCUACGAGAAGUACAAUGCUGUCCUCCACGCCGGCUUCAAGCCCGCUCAGCAAGCGCAACAGCAACAACGCCGCGGAGGUGGUCGGGGCCGCGGUCGCCGCACACAAGCGGAAGAAGUCAGCCCGAUCGCUAUGGCGUUUAUCAAGAAGUACAUCCAGUAUGCGAAGAGUCGAUGCAAGCCGAUCUUGACGAAGGAGGCGAGCGACUAUAUUGUCAAUGCGUACAGCAAUUUGCGGAAUGAGGAUAUCGAUGCCAAUAAGCGGCGGACCAGCCCUCUGACGGCACGUACGCUGGAGACGUUGAUCCGUCUCUCGACCGCCCACGCCAAGAGCAGGCUGAGUGCUAGGGUUGAGGAAAGUGAUGCGGUGGUCGCAGAGGAAGUGUUGCGAUUCGCCCUCUUCCGGGAGUCACAACUCUCCAACCUCUCCCUCGCCUCCUCCAUGCCCGCGUCCCAACUCCCAUCUACCCAGCAAAGCAGCAGCGCUGCAGCCACCCAAUUCCAGACCCAGCCAAAAUCAACCCGCGAGCGCCUCAACCAAUUUAAGCAAAUCCUCGGUCCCCUACAGCGGACAGCACUGUUUGAUGGCGAUCAGAAGGCCACGGCGGAGGCUAUCAGAAGGAAAGUGAACGAGGUGUUGGACGAGGAAGGCGACGGGGACGAAGAGGAGUUUGGGAGGGAGGAGGUGGUGUGGCUGUUGAGGGAGAUGGGGGAGCGGGACGAGUUGAUGUUUGAGGAGGGCAGUGGGGAUGUUUACUUGCUUUAG